AUGAACGACGAUGAUGCCAUCCAAAAUAUCCUCAAAAAGAUUGAGCGCGAAAAGGCCCUCCUCAACGCCGCCAAUGCCAUGAGAGCCCAGACAAACAACGAGGCCGUGCGAUCACGACUCGACUCCCAGAUGCGCGAUGGCCGCCGAAACUUGCAGUUUUUCGAAGAGAAGCUUCGUGAGGCGCAGCUGCGUCGGGGUAUGGACAACAUGUCCAUCGGCUCUCCUUCCGGCGACGGCAGGCCUCUAAGCGGCGACGUCGAGGAUGCGCCCGCCCCUCCUCCCAAGGACGCGAACGCCUGGGCAGAGCGUGGCGGAUAUGGUGCCGGGAGCGCAACAUCUGGCGGCAAUGUCCAGUACAGCCAGAUUGGCGGCCACGCCGAUCUGAUGCCUCCCCGCCAUCCUUAUGCUAACCCCGGCCCUUCUUCCUCCAUCCCUAAGCCGCGUCCCAACUUCACCAAGCUUGAUCUUAUCAAAUAUGACACCCCAUAUCUCGGCCCUCGUAUUCAGCUUAUGCUGUCGCAAAUUCAGUUCAAGCUUAAUGUGGAGGAACAGUAUCUCAAGGGAAUCGAGAAGAUGGUUCAGCUAUAUGGUAUGGAAGGAGAUCGCAAGAGCAAGGCUGAUGCUGCCGCUAGAAGGGUUGAGAGCAAGCAGAAGAUCCUAUUGUUGAAGCAGGCCAUGAAGCGCUACGAGGAGUUGCAUAUCGACAUGGACACAUCCGAUGCCCAGGAUGAUGACUCUAUCAACAUGCCUAAUCUCCGCAAGCCUCUCUCUGGUCAGCUCACCAUCCGCGUCGGACAAAUUAAGGACGUUGAUCACGCAUCUAUGAGUCGCUUUAGCCGAGGGCCCGAGACUUUUAUCGCCGUCAAAGUCGAAGACAACGUUGUCGCCCGCACGAGAGUAACCAGGACCGACAAGUGGGAAGCCGAAUACCACACCCUCGAAGUCGACAAGGCAAACGAGAUCGAGCUUACCGUGUACGACAAACCUGGCGAGCAUGCCAUCCCGAUUGCUAUGCUCUGGGUCAGAAUCUCCGAUAUUGCCGAGGAAAUGAGAAGAAAGAGGAUCGAAGCAGAGAUUAACAGCUCUGGGUGGGUAUCAGCCGACAGAAUGGGCGCUCCGCCAGCGCAAUUCCCAAUGAACCCUCAACAGCAGCAGCAGCAGUCGCUCGGUGGCCCUCCCCCUCCCGGUGUUGCACAGCAGGGUCAACAAGGACCACCUGCUAUGGCAAACCCUCCGAUCGCUCAGCAGCCCAUCGACGGCUGGUUCAACCUUGAGCCUUCCGGUCAGAUCCAAUUGUCCUUGGGAUUCCUCAAGGAGAACAACGCCCGUCGCCCCGUCAACUUGCAAGGUCUCGGCCGUGUGGGUGCUGUUCGUCAACGCAAGGAGGAGGUGCACGAGAUGUACGGACACAAAUUUGUGCAACACCAAUUCUACAACAUCAUGCGUUGCGCUCUCUGCGGAGACUUCCUCAAAUACUCGGCUGGCAUGCAGUGUGAGGACUGCAAGUACACUUGCCACACCAAAUGCUACUCAAGCGUUGUCACCAAGUGCAUUAGCAAGAGCAAUGCUGAGACGGAUCCGGACGAGGAGAAGAUCAACCACCGCAUCCCCCACAGGUUCCAGGCCUUCUCGAACAUGACAGCCAACUGGUGCUGCCAUUGCGGUUAUAUCCUACCAUUUGGCAAGAAGAACUGCAGGAAAUGUGCGGAAUGUGGUCUCACAGCGCACGCGGCAUGCGUGCAUCUUGUUCCUGACUUCUGUGGCAUGUCCAUGGCUGUAGCGAAUCAGAUUUUGGAAGGCAUCAAGUCAACCAGGAUGAUUUCCAAGAACAAGACUUCAACUUCCCUGAGCGAUCGUACGCUGAGGCAGAAGCCGACGAGCCCAACCAGCACCAUCGGCUCUCCUCACAGUGGAGGCCAGCCGCCCUAUGCUGGAGGGUCGCCGGAAGCGACCGAGGCUGCCAAGCUGAUGUACCAGCAGCAGCACCAGUCUCCGCCUGGCCAGCGACCUAUGCACCCUGAUCGAAGUUCUUCAAGCACGGCAGCGGCGGCGGCAGCAACGGCGGCCAUGAGUGGAUCAAUGGCUUCCCAGCAAAAGCCACAAUCUCAGGACUACUCAAGUUAUGGUGGACGCCCUGGAUACCCAUCUCAGGCAGAGCAGCCAGACUCUUACAACAGCGGUGGGCCCAAGUACAAUCCGGCAGACUACGCCCAAGUCAACCAGCAAGCCGGGUAUGGCCAACAUCCUCCGGCGCAACAGCAGCAGCAGCAGCAGCAGCGACCAGUUCAGCAGCAGCCGCCGCAGCAACAGCAGCCUCCCCCUCAACAGUACCAGCAACCUCCUCAGCAGCAAAUGUACCAGCAGUCGCCCGUCUCCUCGCCCAAGCUGCAGGAGCCUCCUCAAAUCUCCAAUGACAUCGUCGACGAGGAGGGAUGA